AUGGACCGGACCAACCGGUUCGACCAAAAAACCAGUGAAUCGGACCCUAUACCGAUCCGGUCUGGUCUCUUGGAAGAUGCUGAAUGCAAUAAGCGUCUUUUGCCCACUGGAUUCAAAGGGAUAGAUGCUUUGCUUGGAGGAGGCUUACGUGCAGGACAAUUAACUGAACUUGUUGGUCCAUCCUCUUCUGGUAAGACACAGGCUUGCCUAACAUCUGCUUCAACAGUUGCAAAGAAUGGUGGUUCAGUUAUAUACUUUGAUACAGGCAACUCCUUUUCACCUCAGCAUAUUGCACAUUUGGUUGGUCAGACCUCUGGUUAUGUCAUUGGCAAUCAGGCUGAACCAGGACCUCUGCAGAAAGUAAUGGAGAGGAUAAUAUGCUACUCAGUGUUUGACAUCUAUCAAAUGUUUGAUGUGUUGCAGCAACUGAAGAUAAAUUUGAAAUCUAAGAUUGUUGAACCAGAUCGUCGCGUUCAAUUGCUUAUUGUUGAUUCAAUCUCUUCACUGAUCACCCCCAUCCUUGGGGGCAGUGGUCCUCAAGGACAUGCUUUGAUGAUAUCUGCUGGGUAUUUACUGAAGAAGUUAGCAGAUGAGCAUAAUAUUGCAGUACUGGUAACAAAUCAUAUGGUGGCUGGAGAAGGCGGUACGUCCAAACCAGCACUUGGAGAGAGUUGGAAGAGUGUUCCACAUAUACGGCUCUUGCUUUCUCGUGAAUAUGGUAGCAAUGUUUGCAACGUAUCAACACUGAAACAUCCAUCUGUGGCUUCUGACAGGGCUGCUAAGUGUGUACUAUGUAUUUGUGACUGCUAAUACAUCUUAUUCAAGAUUAGAACUCCUUACUUCGCUGUAUCU